AUGGAGAAAGACUUCCCUAGGGCUUUGAAGCGAUUCUGGUCCACGAUCCGGCGUUUAAGGAGGGGGAAGCAGCACAGUACCAACACCAUUUAUAGUGGGGGUGGUGUGCUGCUGACCUCGACUCUAGACAUUGUGUGUUGGCGGGCGGAGUACUUCGAAGACGUCCUUACUCCCAGCAACAGAUCAUCCACUGAGAAAGCAGAGCCUGGGGCUCUGAGAGUGUGUUCCAAAAACAGGGGAAUCACACUCUUUAGUCUCCCUGUGUGUAAUGCCACGCCUGGUUUUGUCCCUGCUUUCACCAUAUCCAGUGCAGCCCUGGACAACUGGACCCAACGCAGAGUGGCCAUCAAGAAAAUCAGCCCGUUUGAACACCAGACAUACUGCCAGCGUACGCUGAGGGAGAUUAAGAUCCUGCUGCGCUUCAAGCACGAGAACAUCAUCGGGAUCAAUGACAUCAUCCGGGCGCAGCAGCUGGAAAACAUGAGAGAUGUCUACAUCGUGCAGACACUGAUGGAGACAGACUUGUACAAGCUCUUGAAGACCCAGCGGCUGAGCAACGACCAUGUCUGCUACUUCCUCUACCAGAUCCUGAGGGGGCUCAAGUACAUUCACUCUGCCAACGUGUUGCACCGCGACCUGAAGCCCUCCAACCUGCUCAUCAACACCACCUGUGACCUCAAGAUCUGUGACUUCGGGCUGGCUCGGAUAGCCGAUCCGGUGCACGACCACACCGGCUUCCUCACCGAGUACGUAGCCACGCGUUGGUACAGAGCCCCAGAAAUUAUGCUCAACUCAAAGGGCUACUCCAAGUCCAUUGACAUCUGGUCUGUGGGCUGCAUUCUGGCUGAGAUGUUGACCAACAAACCCAUCUUCCCUGGGAAACACUACUUGGACCAAUUGAACCAUAUAUUGGGCAUACUCGGCUCACCAACCCAGGAAGAUCUGAACUGCAUCAUUAACGUGAAGGCUCGGAACUACCUGCUUUCCCUGCCGCACAAACCCAGACUUCCCUGGGACACGCUCUUCCCCAAAGCAGACCCAAAAGCCUUGGACCUGUUGCAUCGCAUGUUGACGUUUAACCCCAACAACCGCAUCACUGUGGAGGAAGCUCUAGCUCAUCCAUACCUGGAGCAGUACUACGAUCCAACCGACGAGCCCAUCGCGGACGAGCCCUUUGAUUUUAGAACGGAACUGGACGACCUGCCCAAGGAGAAGCUGAAGCAGAUGAUCUUUGAAGAGACGGCUCGUUUCCAGACGAUCAGACCGACCAGCUGAGGUAAAGCGAGGCUUGGAGCCAGAAGAUUGAACGAACCGCUUAAACAGACGAAAAAUGCAUCCUCAACGAAAAAGUGAAAACCCCAACUAUAAACAUUUCCCUGCUUAUCUUUGCAUUUCUACAGCAGGAUGGAGCUAAGUAUAAAGAGCUGUUAUUGGGAGGGGGGUUAUCCUGUUAAACCGGUACGGUUUUUAGUUUGUUUUCGUCAAAUUCUUCACUCAUCUCACAUAUUUCAUUGUUUUUAUGCCCAUUUUUAACACAUUUGGCUUUUCUGGCACCUUUUUCUCCUCAUCGACCCCCCCUCCCCACUUCCUCCAGUCCAUCCUUCCAUAAUGCUCUUAAUCUGGAUGGAGCUACAGCUUGGAAUAUUUAAAGGGUUAAACAGCAGGGUUAGGGAUGCUAGCUAGGUGUGUGCAUGUAAAUACAGAGUAUAUUGGAUUUUUUUUCUUUUUUUCUUAAAUGUGUUUGUCCUGUUUUUGUGGGUGAAGAUGUAUUUGGUUCAGACUUGGUGUGUGUGUGUGUGUUUUACAGUCUUUUUUUUUUGUUGUUUUUCUUUUUAUUUCAGACAAUGAGUUGAUGUUUUUAGUGGCAUGUUGGCAAGUUUUCUUUACCGUUGCUCCUUUUAUUGUUAUGGAAACCCAGUUGAAUGCAUGCGUUCCUGAAACUGACCCUAUAGGGGAGAAAAACAAACAAACAAAAAAA